UGCAUGACAUGUGGGUCCGACUGAAUGUAGCCCGUACUUGUUCACAUUUAUGUCGAAGAUUUCUCCUUUUUCACUCUAGUUUAAUGAGUAUAUUACUGCACAAAUAGAGGCCACACGACGGUGCUCCGGCUGGUUUCGCUUGUGACCUUUAAAGUGGAGCCAAAAAGGGCCAAGUUCAACAAGAAACGAGCAAAGGAACAGCAAGAAUGUCGGACACCGAUGACGAUCCGGUUGUUGAAGAGGUUGAUGUUUACUUGUCCAAGAGCCUAGCAGAAAACCUUUAUCUCUUCCAGUAUCCUGUUCGACCAUCUGGUAUGCCAUAUGAUGACUUUCAACACCUUGUGGCAAGAGUCAAGCCAAAGCAGAAAAUGGUGGAACUUGAGAUAGGUCUGGACACUCAGAACUCAAACUAUGACAAAAGCCGCGGAGAACAAAUCUCAAUCAACGUGGACGGAGCCAACCCCAUCGGGAAUCAAACAUUUCAGAGUGACGUGAUGGAUAAGCAAGUACUUGCCUCAUCCAGUGGGAUGGCUUCAACGUCUCGCUAUGCAGUAGGAAUUCUAAAGGACGGUGAACUACACUUGACACCCCUCCACGGACUAGCUCAGCUGAGACCUAACUUUGCUUACCUAGACAAAGCUGAUCUGAAGAGCAAAGUAGACAAAGCAGACAAUGAAGGAGAGUCGUCCCAGGAGGAGGAAGAGGAGGCUAAACCAGUCAAGGUCCAGUUUGCGAGACCAGAGAGUGACCAAGCCAAGGCAAGACGUCUGGCAUCCUACUCCCAUCAUGAAAAGAUGCUGUCUGAAGAGAUGUGGGUACCACUCAGCUGCCAGUCCAUCAAUGAUCAAAGGUCAUACGCUGAGAGAGAGAAAUUAUUCUGUCAGGCAACGGAGAGUGAAGUGUCGCAACUCAAUCUUCCACCGAGAGACUACCUCGCCAUGCUGGUACCAGAGGCUAUGGAAGACGAAGCUGAGAAACCCAAGUUGCCGUCAAACGUUCUCUCCAUGAACAACCUGAAGACAAUGAACCUCUCCGAUCAAGUCAAGGCACUCCUAAUUAAUGCUAAAGCCUUGAGGUUCACACAGCUGCUUGGUAUCCUGCCUGGUACCCCCGACCCUAUUGCUGUGCUGAGAGCUGUCCAGCAGGUGGCCAUGCUAGUCCAAGGAUGCUGGGUGGUUAAAAGUGAUGUCCUGUACCCAAAGGAUAGCACUAGCCCAAUCAGUGGUGUGCCAGCUGAUAUACUGUGUAGAGGCAGGGACUAUGUGAUGUGGAGGUUUAACCAGAGUCGCUGCAUUGUAAGGAAAGAAAUGGCAUCAAUUACUAAGCUUCCUUCCGAGGACAUGAAGAGUAUCUUAGAGCAAAUGGCGAGGCCAAAGGUCAAUCGAGGCUGGGAGUUUGCUAUUGAGUUUGACAGUGAGUUUGUCAUGCACCAUGAAGAGGUCACCCAGAGGCAGCACAUGCUGUGGGACGCCAAGUACCAGCAGCUUUCCAAAGUUUUGAAAGUUCCAAAACAUGACGCGGAAAAGAAGAGCAAAGGAAAAGACACCAAAGAUUCAUCCCAACCAGUUGAAGUCAUGUCCGGUCAGGAGCGUGUGAAGGUUGCUCGUAACCGUGCCCGCACCAAAAGCCUGACCCAGCACACGCCUCAGGACAACGCGGAACACAAAACACCCAACAGCAAUGCGAGUUUAAGAACUGAUUCUGGGGACGGAUCAUCGACCAGGAAUAAUACUGAACCUGGGGACGGCCCAUCGACUAGGGUUAGUACUGAACCUGGGGACGCCGCAUUGACUAGGAUUAAAACUGAACCUGAGGAGAGCCCCCCGGAGCCUAUGGACGUAUCGCCCUCGGGCGAGGAGAGUUUACGAGGGGGCGCUGCCAAUGCAGGCGGCGACAACAACUCACUUCAGAAUGGUCCGAACUUAGAGAACGGUUCGUCCGUCGAUGACGACAGGAAAGAAUUGACCGCUUUAUUACGGGAUAAGUUUGUUACCAAUUAUGUGAUGAGUUUAUCUGAAAUGCGCCAGCAUAUAAUGGCACGGUUAUCGGAGAGGCCCGCAGGGCACCGUGAAGGGACCCCGACCGAUGCCAUGCUGGAACAGUGCGCUGUUGAUGUCGGUGCUACAUUACUUCAUAUACCUUGGCCUUCAAAUAGUUUGAUUGAAGACAAAAAGAUAUUUGGUCUCUGCGAAACUGGCGAUUCAUUAGACAAGUUCCGUGCGGUAAUCUUUGACAUGUUUCGAGAGGGCUUCAAGUAUCGACGCAAUCAAUUCUCCGAGCGAUUCAAGGAAGUUCUUGGGAAAGAGCCAGCAUCCAGAGUAGAGUUUGACAGACUUAUCAAAAGUUUAUGUCUCUACAAAGCACAGUUCUGGUACCUGAAAGGAACGUUACCAACUUGAUGUCAAAGUAGCGUAUUUUUUUUAUAUAUUUUAUUUAUGGUGAUUAAAUAAGGCCCAGUUACUUUAUUACCGUUUCAUCAACAAAUUUGAGUCGAUGGAAAGUAAACCAUUUUUUUUGUAAUCAAGUCAAAAACCUCAUGUGAAAGUGACUGGGUAAGUGUUUAAUUUGAUUUUGGGACGAACGAAGGAAAAUUAACUGGAAUUUAAUUUGAACCUGUGACCUCCUGAUUAAUGUGUAGAUGCUCUACCAACUAAACCAUCCAGCCUAAUUGUGGGGGGGGGGGGGUCUCCCCGUUUUGCCAAUAGUCUUUGUUCAGGUGUGCCAUUCAGAAGUGAUUAAACCCUUUCUAAGGAAAUAUUAUUGUUUUUUAUAUUAUAACUAUUUUUUGUGCACAUCAAAUUCUGUGCACAUGUUCGCAUUGGGCUUAUUUUGAUUGCUGCAAUUUAAAUAAGGAAGAAUGAAUUUCUUGUAGGAUCUAUCUUGACUAGGAUAGUUGUAAAGACAAGUAUGUUUCUCUCAAGGAUUGGUGCAAAUAUGAAUUUUAUAACAAGUGAGCUUUUAUAUUGAAACUGACAAUUGUGUCCUUUUCUUACCAAUCCAUUUGUCAAUUUCACAAAACUCUUCCUAAUUAGG